AUGGCACCCAAACGCUUACCCAAACGCAAAGCCACUCCUGAAGCUCCAACCUUCUUGAAACCUGCCGCUAAGGUGGAAAUCUGUUCCAGCUCCGGCAAGCUCCCCCUGCCAGAGACCCUCCAUGACGUCAAGUCCAGCGACCAUAAUGACCCACCAAUCAAACAACCAAAACAGGAGGAGGAGUUUGAUGAAACUAUGAAUACUGAUGAAGAAGCUGGCAUCAUGCAAAAGAAGGAUGAGGAGUUGUUCAGCGUGCAUGCACUUGUUGAGAUUAGAUUCGACGAACCAAGCUUCCGAGAAGCUUGGUAUGUUGCCACCAUUGUUGAGGCAAGAGGACAGGGGAAGUUCAUUGUUGAGUGCCACGACCUGUUUGUUGAUGGCGGUGUAACUUUCCAGCCUCAUAGAGUGGAGGUUGAUGCCCAAAACAUAAGGCUUCCUCCGCCAGAAACUCGUUUUGCUGCUAAAUUUGAUCUUACUGAUACAGUUGAUGUUUUUCACAAUGACGCCUGGUGGGUUGGUUCGAUUGUUGCGGUUCCUCGCAAGUCUAAGCCCAAGUAUGGAGUUAACAUGUGGAGCAACCAUGAAAUGUUGGAGUUUGAUCGCUCCCAGUUGAGGCCGCAUCACAGCUAG